UUCCUCUCGUAGACUUCCACGAUGGAUGAGACCUCAGACGAGCCUCCCACUUCUGCUGUCCUCUUAGACAACUGCCACUUCUCCCAGGUUGUCUUUAAUGAUGUGGAGAAGUUUUAUGUUCCCGGAAUAGACAUAACCUGUUAUUACACCCUCACGCAGAACAUCGUUCCUCGCAGGAAGGACUGGGUGGGCAUCUUCCGGGUGGGCUGGAAAACAACCCGGGAAUAUUACACGUUCACGUGGGCUCCUCUGCCCAGUGACGUCCACAGUGAUAGGGCUGUGCAGCAACAGAUCCAGUUCAAAGCUUACUACCUACCGAAAGAUGAUGAAUACUACCAGUUCUGCUACGUCGACCAGGAUGGUGUGGUCCGUGGAGCCAGUAUCCCUUUCCAGUUCAGGGCAGAGACUGAGGAUGAUAUCCUGGUGGUUACCACGCAGGGAGAAGUAGAAGAGAUUGAACUACAAAACAAAAAUUUGCGUGAAGAAAAUGAGGAGCUGAAAGCGAGCUGUGCAAGUCUCCAGAAACAAAACAUCGCUCUGCAGGAAGAGCUCAGCAAGGCACAGGAGCUGCAGAAGAGUUUAGAGUCUCUGAGGAGCAACACAGAUAAACUAGAGCUGGAGCUGAAUUCCCUGAAAAAGGAAAAUAAACAUCUAAAGGAGCUGGGUGACUGCAGAGUGGCAGAACUGCACCAACUGAAAGAGCAAAUUCAGAGUGUGACCUCUGACAAGGAACACCUGGAAACCAGACUGAAAACAGCCCUGGAUCACAUGGACCAGCUGCAGUCUCAAGUGUUGAGUUAUGAGAAAGAAGUGGAAAAUCUGUCUCGUUUGGACCGUGACAAGACAGAGCAGCUUGAAAGUUUGAAGGAAGAGAAUCGCCAGUUACGCAUGGCAACAGCUCAGCAGAAAGAAGAAAAUAAGGAGCUUGAAUGUUGCAUGGAAAACUUGAAGAGGUCGAAGGCCAAACUCCCGCUUUGUCUGCGCCACUGCCUGCAGAAUAAGCAGCAACAAAACUGUGACUUAAUGAAAGAACUUGAGGAGCAGAAGCGUUUGUUUCAGAUCCUGCAGGCAGAGAAGAACAAAGCUGAUGAGGAAAAUCAGAAACUAAGGGAAGAGAAUGACGGGCUCCUGAGGCAUCUCUCGCAGGCUAGAGCGGUUUCUUCCUUCUCUGUUGUUUCACAAGCUCAAGCUCCAAUUCCAGCUCCUGAAGUAGGAGGCCUUCUGUUUGGAAAUCCAUAUUGUGCUGCAGGAGCAAACCUGGGGGCAGGAGCUGCAGACUUAGCUUCUAUAAGGAAAUGCCCCAUGUGCGAUGAAGUGUUUCCUGAAGAUGUUGAAACAAGUCAGUAUGAGGCCCAUGUGCAGAGCCAUCUUCUGGAGUGCCCCCUCUGCAGUGAGACCUUUGAAAAGUCCAAUAAGCAGGUGUUUGAUGACCAUAUGUUUUGUCAUGACCUGGAGUAG